CUGAACGUCUGGAAGUGUUUCAGUCUUGUCUGGAGCGAACGUUCUCAGACACUCAAAUAUCUUUCUAGGUUAUUUAAAUUAACUGGACACUGUUUACUCGUUUGGAAGAACUAUGGACCGCAUGGGGAUUUUGUCUCUUAUCUUCCUCGUCUUGUUGCAGAGUCCUGCCUCCCUCUCUCUGACAGUGAGCACCAGUAAGGCCAAAGUGGUGGUCCAUGAGAACACAGACGCUGUGCUGUCAUGUCAGUUCAAGACAGAGAAGGAGACUAACCCUCGUAUCGAGUGGAAGAAGAAAGGGAAGGACAUCACCUUUGUUUAUUUUGAUGGCAAAUUCAGCGGAUCCUUUGCAGGUCGGGCCAACAUCGAGGGUGCGACAGUGACGCUGCACGCCGUUACCCAGAAGGACUCUGGGCUGUACCGCUGUGAGGUCAGUGCUCCAGCAGACCACACCAACCUGGGAGAGAUUAACGUCACCCUCAGCGUACUGGUGCCCCCCCACACCCCGUCCUGUGAGGUGCCCAGCUCAGUUUUGUCUGGGGCAGGGGUAGAGCUCCACUGUAAGGAUAAACUCAGUGUACCCCCUCCUACCUACAUCUGGUACAAAGACAACAAGGCGCUGAGCACCACACACACAACUGACACCUCCUUUAGCAUGGACACUGACAAGGGAACACUGAAGUUCAAGAGUGUGUCCAAGGCUGACUCAGGCCAGUAUCGUUGCGAGGCAUCCAACAGUGUGGGGGCGCCAAAGAGCUGUGUGGCCCAUCACAUGAAGGUCAUAGAAUAUCAGUUGAGUAUGACGACACUGAUAGCCGGAGCUGUAGGUCUCUUCCUGCUCGUUGUCAUGUGCUGCCUGGGUGUGUGCUUCUGUCAUCGACGGGGCUGCUGCAAAAAGCAGGAGCAGAAAGGAAGAAGUACCAACUCCUACAAUCCACCUCCUCCUCCCACCAGAAACCCCAAGAACUACAAGCACACCCAGUCCUUCAUGAUUUAAGGGUUUCCUUUGUGAAACUCAAAUCAAAGCUUGAAGCAGUGAAAUCACACAAAGUCCCCCUCCAACACACACACAAAGUCCCCCUCCAACACACACACACACACACACACACACACACACACACAGGGUGGAUGGAUGAAAUUGUUCAACAUACAUAUUUUAGCUUGUUUACACUGCCUAGUGGCCAAAGGAUGAUGCACAAUGAUAUAUUUGUCACACAAAAACUGUCACUUGCUGUGUGUACUAUUCUCUUUUUGUGCUUUAUAGAACAUUCUGCUGUUUAUGGCUGUAUUGAGAAGCAACGAUGUGUAUUAUUAUUGUUGUUUUACAGAGAUGCUUUUAUAAUUAUGUUUUUAAAGUAUUUGUUUGCGGCUUUGGAUGUAGCCUACAAGGUCUUUGUGUGAUGAAGGAUAUGUGAUGUUUGAACAGGUGUCUGUAUGCACUGACCAUUUUUAGAUAGCUAGUUUUUAAUUAAAGUUAUUUUACCACA